AUUAACAUGUGAUCGGCAUAUUCGAAUGUCAUAAAAUUAGUUGUUGAUAGGUGGCGCUUUCGUCGUGCUACAGACGGUAUUGAGCUUUUUGUAUCAAGACUAGAGCGCCAGCUACAAUCUGUGCCAUCCUGCCAUGCCAUCUGUGGUCAUGCAUUUUGGUUGACAUGUCCUUAGGGUCAUUGUGCUCAUGCCAAAACCAAAAGUAACGUUAAUUUCGAAAUGACCGACAAAAAUCUUAGCCCACCAAAUAGUUCUGUAUCUACUCCGCCAACAUAUAAAAAAGUGCGAAAUCCCUUUGAUAGAGUACUGAUCGAUAAAUUACACAAACCAAUAUGCAGUCCUUCAAUGUGCAAAAUUUAUAAGAAAGAACGGCGGGGAUCGUUCCGUUGGGAUAUAGACCAGGCAUGUACGUUACAGCCGACGGACAUAGUCGCAUGCAGCAGUCAGUUCGAGCCUUCCCCCGACCCUAAUUUAGAUCAAAUAGCUGAGGAGGCUACAGAAAUAUUCUUUUCGCAAGAAAUGGUAAUGCCAAGUCCAAUGGAGUCCUCAAAGAAGAAACCACAACUUAUGCCUCUUGCUGAAAGUGAGAAGCUGAUUGAAAGCUUUAAAGACAGCACUGUGAUUUUGAAAGAUGUUUCAGCUCAGACCACCCUCAGUUUACCUCCAGAACUACCUCCAGAGUUAGAGAAAAUAUUAGCUCCAUACUUCACAUUCAAUCAGGGCCGAGACAUCUUCGGCGAGUACGAAAUCACUGCAAACGGUUCGCUGCGUCGCAAGUUGUUCUUCGAGCAUAGCGACAUCGGGCACCAUAGCGAGUGCGAUUCGGAACAAACUGAUGACGAGCAUCAUGACCCUCAGCCGCCGUCGAGUUUCGAGCCGCACAACCCGGUCACGGUCAGCCCAGACUUGUACAAAGAUUUAGUUAAAAAAGGCAUGAAGCGAACAUUCGACACGCCUGUAGGAAAAGGCCAGUCCCACUGCAAGCUACACAACAAAAUCCUCGACGUUAUAGAUUUUGGAGACCACUGCAUAAGUCCUAUACAUUUCAACACUCCACCUAAGAGGCUCGACCAGCAAUCAUCGAUGUCAUCGUUCGCUUCGGUGUCUAUAUCACCGGUCACUAAAGUCACUUCUAGUGAUGAAGAGAAAAACAACUUCACCUCGCCCGAAUCCGAGGCCAUGGCGACAUGUUUAGACUGCAUCGCCUCCGACUCGGAUCCUGACAGCGGCAAGAAAGGCCGCUGCUUCUGCAAGUCCACGCCCAACAUUAGCUUAAAACGUAGUGCUUCGCUGAAGGAUUCGCCGCCGCGGAGGAAGCAUUCGUUCUCGUUUGCGGGCAAGCGGAGUUUGAGUCUGUCGAGCUUGCAUCGGAGUCGGUCGGUGCAGAAGCUCGACUUUAGCAUGAACAUGAGUGUGGACGGCUCGCUGCAUGACCAUUCGCAAGCGGAUUGUGAAUCUUCACCAUCACCAGAUGCACCCAAUUCGUGGUCACUAGUCGGAGACGCCAGCGUCAGCCAUUUAGAGAAAGAAUCGCACAAGGAGCUCAGUCACACUAAGAGGCCUGCCAAGAAGUAUAGCUUGGAAACUAUGGACAAUACACCUAUCAAAGGAAAAACGAAGAACAGUGGGCGACAUGAAAUUAGCAAAAUUCGGGCACCAUUGACCAUGACUCCAAUGGAUAUGUCCUUAGAUAAUAGCUUAGAUAUCUCAGAUAACGCCCUCAGCAUGGAGGACAAGAAGAUAGACUUCAACAACAUUGAUCUCAAAUUUUUGACUGAAAAUAUUACUAAGUUCGAUUACACUGCCACGGAAGUUACUAAGAACGCGACGGACGCAACCUCUAGCUUUAAGAAACUGGAUAGUGGAAUUAACGAGAACACUUUCUUUACGAACGCUUCUAGUUACUACGAAUGCGCCAUAAAACCCUCAGAGUUAACUAUUACUAAUACUAAUGCGUCGGCGUUAAAAGAAAUCUCUAAUGUACACUGGGCAAGAGUGGACAGUGGGUUCAAAGAUGAGACAUCUUCAGACAAUACUCAGUUUUCUACGAUUGACUCGAAAUCUAAAGUAUUUCGCUUCACUGAGGCUAAGUUAGAAGACAAGGAAAAUCUAAUGACUGGAAACUUCAGCGGGUUUCUGAACCAACCUUCAAACAAAGGUGAGGUUAUGUCAAUGUCUGAUUUGUUCCCAGAUGACAUGACUUUCACCUGUAACUUCUCUUCGACCCCUUCCAAAAGCAAACCCAACACUUAACAGCUAAACUGAUAUUUAGAAUUAUACUUUUAAGCAUUUGAGAUAAAUGAUUAAGGGAUGAUCGGUAUCUCAGAAGGAAUCGGUAUCGAAACAAGGAAACAAUCAUGUCUUUUUAUUGAAAAUAGUACAUUGUGCAACGAGGAGGGUAAGUGAACUCUUGGAUACGAGGGUGGUAAUUCUCGACAUCUGCAGGCUGGAGGGAAUUAAAGACCCGAGUUUGCAAUAUUCUUACCCCCGGAGUUACACACAAUGUUUUUCAUCACACUUGUGAAGAAAAAACUAAAUUUUAAGCGAAAUAAUCCUUAAAUACGGUGACAUAUCAAACAUUCGUCUGCCAUUUUGUAUUUUCUUGACAGGUUAGGUAUGGAAGGCACAGACCUAUUCGGCAUUCAGCCACGAUUGGAAAUUAUGUAAAAAUAUUUUAAACGGCUGUUAAAUAAAUAGAAUUAAAUAAUUUUAAACAUAAAAAAAUAUUUUAAAUAAUAAACGUUAUAUAAUAAAUUAUUUUAAAAGUAAACUUUCAUGGUUCAUAUGAAUUAGUGACAGAAUUAAAAGAAAAAACUAUAACUCUCUAGGGAGUUAUAGCUUUUUUUCACAAUCCAUAACUCCCGCGGGAUCAAUAUAGCCCUUUGUCCUUCAGUACACCUGCAUGAAAUAAGAUCUUUUUCGAGCAAGUGUGAUGAAAAUACUUUUUAAAAAUCUGUAACUAUUUAAAUGCAAAAUAAUGUAAAUGAUCGCAUAUUAUUUAUAAUUGUUACUAAAUUGUCGUGAUUUAUUUUUCAACCGUGUUUUUCAAUAAAAAGACAUCAGAAUCGCCUACCUUCUUUCUAAUGCUAAAAAACGGACUAUAGAUAGACAGAGAUAGAGUUAAAGUUUGUACUAUUGUCUGAGUUAUGAAUAUUUAUAUAAAAAUGUAAGUAUAUGACAAAGCGUAGAUCCAAUGAAAUUAAAAUUUAAUUACUGGAAAACAAUCUUAAUAACGUAGUUAUCUCAUUAAACACACGCAAAUGUCAGUUUUCUGUUUCUAAUUCUGUAGUGUUCUGUAGUGCCAAUUUUACGACUUAUGAGCUUUUAUAAGAAAACUUAUUUUUUAGGCGUUUAUGUGAAUUCUAGAUAUUUUUUUACGUAGAAUAAUUAUUAAUGUUUUUAUUGGAUUAUGUCUGAUUUUGUGAGCUUAAUGUAACACUCAUUGCCAGCCUAUACAAUAUGAACUCGGUCGUCGGGUCAAAGGUAAUGUAAUGAAAGAGUUAGCAGAUAAUAAUAAUGCAUGAAAUUUGUAUUUUGUAGUUUUGAUGAUUGUUUACUUGAGUCAAGUAAAAAUUUAAUAAAGUUUUAAAGACUGAAA